AAAAAUAGGGGCGCUUGAGAGAUAUUCAAUAGUACAGGGGGCGUCAGGUUGAUUUCCUUAACUUUUCUUGAUCCGAUCGCUAUCAGGCUGAUUUACUCUUCUUGUUUUUUUAUUGAUUAUUGAUCAUGGCUAGGGAAGAGAAAAGAGCCCAGCAUGGUGUAUGUAUAUGUGUAUGUGUAUGUGUAUGUGUAUGUGUGGACCCCUUCCCCCACUCCCUUCCUUCCUUGUAGGGUAUUUGCCCAUCUCCACUUUGCACGUAUAAACUGACUGCGUCCCUGUUCCCCGCCCGCAUACGACGGAAGCACGCGGAGGUCGGUACUGCCUCUUCUGCCACCAAGCACUGAGAAGCGGAGCGCGCAGGGUUUAUUUUCUUGCGUUUAAACAUGGCGUCGAGGUUGUGGGCGACGAAGGCUGCUUCUUUCCUUAGGAUCUCUGUCCCUUACAGAGGUUUUGCCGCCGCUAUCAAGGAUCUAAAGUAUGCUGACUCUCAUGAAUGGGUGAAAGUGGAAGGCAACUCAGCCAAAAUAGGCAUUACUGAUCAUGCUCAAGAUCACUUGGGUGACAUUGUAUACGUCGAACUACCUGACGAGGGGGCUGAAGUAAGGCAAGGUGAAAGUUUUGGUGCUGUUGAGAGUGUGAAGGCAACUAGUGACAUCAACUCUCCUGUUUCUGGGAAAGUGGUUGAGGUCAACACAAAGCUUAAUGAUUCCCCUGGCCUGGUGAAUGCAAGCCCUUAUGAAGAUGGAUGGAUCAUAAAGGUGGAGGUGAAAAGUGCUGAUGAGCUGAACAACUUAAUGGACUGCAAUCAGUACUCCAAGUUCUGUGAAGAGGAAGAUGCUAAGCACUGAGUGAGCGCAGGACUCUACUGGAUGAUGGAUCAUUUUCUUAGUGAAAGAUCUUUAAUGAAAAUUCUUUUUCAGUUUCCUUUGUUUUGGAUAUGUUUGUUCUAGGAUAUGAUUCCGAAAGAUAUUUGUAGUAGUUUUUAAUAAAUGUAAGUGUUUUUCCUUUUGCA